GGUGAGUUAAAACAGAGGGAGAGAGAGGGGGGAAGGAAGAAUGGCGACCGUGCAGUGCUCCAAAUGCUCUGCAGAAAGGAAAGGGUUUCGGCGGGAACUUGAUUCUUGGCGACACAAACUGAUACACUGCGUUGGGUUUGAAAGCAUUCUGGAGGGAAUCUAUGGGCCAUUGCUGCUGAGGGAUCUUAAUUUAUUUGAUGACUGUGAACCUGAAGAGGUGGAUGAUUGGUCCUCGGAUGCAAACUUCUCCCAGUGUUCAUUCUGCAACCUUCCCCUUGACAAAAACGAUCAAGUUCCUGUUGCCACAUCGCCCCUCUCCUCCCCCUCUGAAUACUCUCCCUGUCAGGCUCCAACCAUCUCUGAGAGCAACCAGUCAGCCUACAGGUUUCUGCAAGCUGUGUUUCACAAGAAAGAUGUGCCCAUCAGCUGUGACUCCAGCAUCCCCCUGAUUGCCCAGGAGCUUAUGAAGAAAAUGAUUCAUCAGUUUGCCAAGGAGUAUGCGUCUAAGUGCCUGCUCCACACCACUACAAAUGGUGUUACAACUAAGACCUCAUCACCUUUGUCGGAAACAUCAGAUGCCCCUCUGGACCUCACAGUGAGUCGAACCUUGGAGGAGAAAGAGAGCAAAUGCGAACCAGACGGUGUGCUUGACCUCUCCAAAGGAAGCUCUGCCUCAUCCUCAAAUCACAAAGCCUCAGGCUCUCUGCUGCCAUCAUUUUCUGAAGAAAUGGGAGAUCUUGGACAGCGAGGGACAAAGUGUUUUCGGAGCUCUGUUUUGGGUGCUGUUCUUGGAUCCCUCUGCCCAUCACACAGUUCCUUACUCUACCAGAUCCUAAAGCUGGCACACCAAGAAAAUUUACUGUCAGAUGUUAAUCACAGACCUGUAGGUCAAACUCAGUCUAUCUGCUGUCACUGUGGGGUAAACCCACAGGAUAAUAACCUUAAUGCAGUUCCUUUUAGUGAAUGUAAAGCUCAUAACAGCAGCCUGUACAACCCUUCAGUUAAUUGGGAACAUCAAGAUCCUGAGAGCACAAUAUGUCAUUCAGGAGACUCAAAGUCUAAUUGUAUCAUCAGUCACUUCACUUUACCAGGCUGUAAACGUCAAGCCCCUUUGUGUUCAAGCUGUGGCUGUUUGCAGCGUUGCAAGAUGGAAACUUACACUGUUCUUUGCCCCAAGAGGCUGCACUGCACUUCCUGCCACAGUCCCACUGCAGGUCAUAUUAGCAACAAAGUGUGUUCAUUUGCAUCCCCUCCUUUGUCAAACUCUCCUUCACCAGGCUCUUGUGCAUUGAUCUGCUGUAAUCAACACAAACCCCACUCUUGUCCCUGUUAUACAAACCAUGCUAGUCUGACACAGGACAGGAACACAGAAAAAGAGGGGGAUCCACCUUGCCCUGUCCUGAAGAGAGAGCAGAGCCCCUCUCCACCCCCUUUAUCUCCCAUCCUUUCAGAUGUAGAUAAAAAUGAUGAAAAGCCACCUUCUCUUCUUCACCAUAAACAAGAGAGGGCUGACCAAAUGCUCAAAGAUGGUCUUGUGAAUUCAAGUCAUGAAGGAAGUGUUGAUACGACAACAGAUGAGGAUCAAGAGUGCCAGUCCUCUAGAGGUAGUCCUGAUGAGCAGAACUCAAGUGGCAAUUUGUUACAAGAUGUUGUGAGUCGCUUCAGUGAGAAACUAGAGACAAUCAAACCGAUAGAAAAGGACCGACCUCUGGUUUCCACUGCUGUUGAAAAGGAGAAGCAACAGUCCCCUGUAACUAGUCAGAACUUGCAAUUCCAUGCUCAUAUGACUGAAAUAAUUACUACAGUUCUUCACACAGGCAGGGCCAGUGACUACAAUCUCAGUGAGCUAUUCAACCGCCAUGAUAGCAAAGAUCCAAAGUCACCUAAUACCCGCUCCCGUCGUCGCCAAGAAGUCCUUGCUGCUAUGGCAACACCAACUGAUAAUGCUUCUGCCAGGAGGCAAACAUUACAAAUUAAGCGGGACCUUGCCAUGUUUGACCAGUCCCACAGUAAGAAAAAGGUGCCAGUAGCAAAGAGGCCUAAAUUGAAAGAUGAAAAUGUGACAACAUUGCAGGCAGAAGAUUUGAACGUCAUCAAAGAGGAGUCUAAAAGAAAUACUGGAAAAAGCGAACCCCUUCAGGGUCAUAGGAUUGAGAACAGUCCGCUGAACAUUUCCACCACAGAAAGUAAUGAGGAAAAGUUAAAAGAGGAGAUGCAGACUGUAAUUGUAACAGAAGAAGUUAAGAUCAUUAAAGCAGAGGAGAAAGUAGGAGAUGUAUCUGCUUUGGAAAAAGAUCUUACCUUCUCUGGCACUCAAAUACUCAACCCUGAGCUGAGUGGGAAGUAUAGCAAACAAGGCUCAAAUGAUGAUGGUGAGCAAACAAAGGCAAUGCCAGCAACUACAACCUCGGCUAAACAGCGUGGCAGGCCUUGCAAGAAGGUUUGUACAAAAACCAGGGCUGCAAGGGAAAGAAAGCACAAAGAAGCCCUGUCAGAGCACAAUUCUGACAGUAAUGGUAGACUAGGUAAACAAAAAAAUGUCCAUACUCCAAUUAGACAGCAACAGGUAUGCCAGCCACAUCACUCCAAGGAGGCAAGAAGGUCCAGAAGAAAUAUAGUACCUCCGCACCGGUUCUCCUCCUAUGUCACAGAGCCCAGGAAGAUGUUCUUUGUUGCAUGUUUCUCUGAAAACAUCUUCAACCUUAAAACAAGAAAAAAUGAGGAUUUGACAGCAAGCCCAGUGUAUGCCUUGUCCAAAGAUCCAGAUUCCAAGGACAUCCAGUUGGAAUCAAGAAAAGAAACCCCUCAGCCUUCACCUGAUCACACAUCGAAGCGAUAUGUACGCUCUGACAAAAAGUCAAAAUGUCUUUCAGCAAUCUCUGUCUCUCCACAAAAAGCUAACAAAGAGAAAUCUCCCACGAAGGAUUUGAAAGAUGGCGAAGGUGUUGCUGCCAAACCUUUUGGAAGGCUAAGAUCAUCUCCAAAAAGAACACAUGACCAAACGACAGUUUCAGCAACUCAAGAAACCCAGUCAAGUUCCACCAUUACUCCUGCACAUACCGAGAGACCUCUCAACUCCCAAGUCGAAUACACUAGUCCAAUAAAGCUCAUGUUUGUAUCACCAGUGACUGAUGAAGAAGGAGUUAGAUACAGUCUCAAAUCAGCUGGCUCUAAUUCAAGUGGACAAGAAGAGGCUUUUGACCCAUGUGUAGAGUCUUCAUGGGCAGGGGUACCGCAGAAGCACAAGGGCAUUGAGUUUAGUCCUUCAAAAGGAAAACGUAUUUCUUCACCACUUAAAUCUGCUACCUCACCUGCAAGAUCUGCUUCUUCACCAUCAAAGUCACCCCGUUCCCCACCCAAAUCUGCCACUUCACCAAAGUCUGCAAGCUCACCACAGAAAUCAACAGCUUCACCUCCCAAGUCCACAUGCUCAUCACCCAAGUCUGAUAAAUCUCCCAAAUCAGUGUCUUCACCACCCAAGACUGCCACUCCAACAUUCAAGUCAAGUCCUUCUCCAGCAAAGGCAACUUCAUCACCAACCAAGGCUGGCUCUUCACCCAAGUCAGUUUCUUCAUCACCUAAAAUAGUUCUGAGAAGAUCAGGCGAUGGUACUCCUACUAAGCGUGCUGCUGGUACUGAGAGCCAAAGAUCCCCAGGCAACCCUCUAGCUUACCAUGAAACCACACCUCCAAAAAGGCGUCCCGGUAGACCAAAGAAGCUGGGACCACAGCUUGAACAAAAAGUGAAGAGGCCAAUUGGUCGACCACGCAAGGAAAAGGGUGGAGAUUCAGCAACAGGGACGAAAAUGGAAAAUGGAACAUCUGCUUCAUUGCCUGACUCUGAAAAGAAAGAAAACAAGAACCUCAAAAUAACAGUGGUGUAUGGCCGGUCAAGGAGAAACAAGAGAACAGUAUCUGAGGGCUUUGACCAGCUGCAAACAGAAUUGCACGAUGCUUGGCAAGCAGUGGGGCUAAAAAAUGACAUCAGCAUUAUAAUGAGCAACUGUAAAACCAGCUCUGGUAGAAUCCAGACAGCCUCAACAGAAUCAUCGGAGGAACUAAACUUUGUAAACCCUCUGAAACAGUGUGCGCCUCAGUCCAGCAGUAAAGUCAAAUGUCACAAGCAAGAUGAUUCAAUAACCACAAGGAAACCUGGUAGACCAGCAAAGGUUAAAAUCUCUGGAAUCUCAGUCACAGUAACAACAGUAUCACCCCGGCAAAGAAAAAUUUUGAUAAAUAAGGAUACUCGACAGUCUCCUAAAAAACUUAAGAAAGUACUUAAGCCAGAAAUCAAAUUUGCCAAAGAGACAUGGACAAUCAAUCAUCAAUUGACAAGCAAAAUAAGUCACACUGAGGAAAAGCUAGACACAAAAAAUGAAAGUCAAGAUGCGCUACCAAAUCAGUGCGUAGCAGUGCGGCAAUCUAUGAGAGUGAGGAAGCCCUCGGUCCACUUUCUGCAUGCAGUUGCCACUUCCACCUCUAGAUCAUACAGCCACAGUAAUGCUCUGCUACGGCGCUCAAAACAAUUCCUGCUAAACAAGGCAAACAAUGAACGGAGACAGGGUGAACAACAAAGCAGUGCACAAACUUCAGGGGAAAAAAGAACGCUCUUUGGGCACGAAAGGAAUAACAUCUCUAAGGACCUAAGCAGAGUGGCAGCAUUAUCUGUCAACUCUAUCUUUACCCCAACAGAGACGUUAAGGUGGUGGCCAGCUUCAGCUGAGGAAAAAACUAUGGAUCAGGAGCUUGCCAGGAGGAUAAGACUAAUCUCAGACACCUGGGUGUCUGACACUGAUGAAAAUCAAGAAAAAGGAGUAGCAUUUUGUUCUAAAAUAGCCACAAAAAGCAACAGUUCUUUAACAAGAAAGUCCCAAUGUUCCUCUUUGGUUCGAACACUCUUUGACUGUCCCCCCAACAAACCCAGGUCCUGUAGCAUGCAGCAGCUCUGCUCCUGGUUUAUGCAGACCACGGAAACGCGGUCCCUGGCUAUAGUGAAAAAGGCAAGCUCCCGCAAUCCUUACGAAGUGAUGCACUUCCCUCGAUCUGCCAAUAAAAAAAUGAUAUGUCACAGUCCUCAGGCAGAGCGGCUCCGCAAACACAUCAAGAAAUUUGCCAAAGUUAUGCCAAAAAGUCCUCUGCAACAUCAACAGGCUCAAAGAAGGAUGAGGAUGAGAAAUAAGACACCCCCAUCAACACAAAAUACUAGACGACAACUCUUCAGUCCCAGGCCGGUAAAAGGCAGGUUCAGUCAAGGAGCCCAAUGGAGGAGCAGAAAAUCAUUUGGAAAAUAUCAGGCCACUCUCUCUAGAGCAAGGACAAGGUUUCUAUCCCAGGAAACAAGAAAGAAGUGGCAGAAGAGGAAGAAGAGUAAGAAAAACCUAAAGCGGGCUACUCCUCGUCAAAAUGGACGUGUAGUAUCUAGAAUACAACCAAGAAGUUGUCCAUUACGCAGAGCAGCAAGAACUCCAUCAACUGACUGUUUGAGGAAAAGUUCUGCCACCAGUUCAGUUGAACAAACUCAGGAGCCCAUUGAUGAACAAAAGGAGCAGAACCUAUGCUCAAAAGCCUGGAGUCCUGAGACACUAAAGGAAUGCAGGGUGUUUUUAAGGAAGAUCAACUCUCCAGACAAUGAAUUACCUGAGGAAGAGGGGGAUUCCUGCACCGUGACACUGGAUGAUGGGUCCCCUUCUGCGUACCACUUUUCAAGAAGGCAGAAAGAGCUAGUAGAAGUUGUCAAAGCUGUGAAAACUGAAAGUAAACGAAACACAAGUAGGAGUGCCUCAAGACAUUUUUCAGUUUCUGCACCUAAAUCAGUCCAGGAGAAAAAUGAGAUGCCAACAGGGAGGCAGAAUGGCAGAUACAAAAGCUCUGGGGCUCUGUCUGAGGAACAACCACCACCACCAGCGAAAAAGUUGAGACAAUCUCGAAUGAGGGGCUUAACUGGGCCAAGAUGGUGCGACUUUGUAUUUGAAACCUGAAUGAAUCAUGAGGCAGCCUCCUACCAGGGAAAGGGACUGUGGUUUAACGUGGUGCCUUUGGACAUUGAGCUGACCACAUGGAUGGGCCGUCUCAGUAUGGUUCAGUCCAACAUUCAGCAAUUAUGUAGCAGUCUAACUUAACAGAAGCUUGAUGUUGCACUAUUUUUAUCCUUGAAUAAGUAUGUACAGAGCGUGUGAUUUUUUUUUUUUUUAAUGGUCAUCUUGCCUUGGUCUUUCAUUACACAUAUAUACAUCAUGUCAAACAAUUUUUUGGAAGAACUGCUGAAAGUGUGCCCUCUCAUAUUGGCUGUGUUUAAUGGAAAGAGCUAGCUUAGUUAUAUAAACACAUCGCCGCAUCCCCUGAAAAAUAGUUCAUUAACAAGGCCACAAUAUUGACAUCUACCUUAAACUGUAUCCAAGUACCCAUUUUUUCAAAACCUAAAUGUCAUCACGGAGAAGCUCUGAAAUCCUUCAGAAAUUAAAUAUUUAUUUAUUCUCGGGAAACUUCGGCACUGUUUCAGUCCAAUGUUUUUAUUUAGUAUUUUUGUAUUAUAGACUUCAGAAACGUUUAAAGAAUAUCAUUUUAUAUUAGAGCUUGGUUUGCAAUGUUUUCUGUCAGUUUAGCUACUCAAUAGCCACAAACUCUUCAAAUGAAGGAUUUUUAAACCCCCCCUCCCCUUUUUUUGACCUGUCACCAUCUACAUUGGAGCCUAGCCUUAAAAUUGUACUGAAGUCUAGUGAGUAGUCAUUACUUAUCUCAUAGCGUUUUUGCAUUCCUUCGCGCCAAACUGCAAUCAACCUACACAUAUAAUAUCAAAAAGAUGACAUACUCAACCCCAACUUCUCACAAUAAGCAGAAGUUUAGAAGUGAUGAGGGGAUGGCAUAAUUCAGUUGUAGAAACUGAUUGUGAUUUCUUUUUUUAUAACUUCUUAAAUGGAUUUACCUUCAUGAUUGUUUCCACCCAAAGCAUAUACUGUAUGUUGCUGUUGGAUCUACAUCUUGCACUAUUCCAUCAGAGAUUAUCAAUCCCACUUUAACAGACUCCUCUCCUGUAUUUUGCACACCCCAUGCCCCACCACCAAACCCUACUGUAAUAAUAGAGAAUAUAUUUGGUGCAAUACAAACCCAGAUGUUUUAUCUGUAUGUAGUAUUUAAUUGCUGACAGACUAAUGGAUGUACUCAAGAACCAAUGGCCUGGGAUGUUACUUAAGUUUUUUCUACAUAGCCAUGUAAUGUGAUCUUAAGAAAUAUCACUAUACAUUUUUUACUCCACCUGCUGUUCCCCACAACAAAGCAUUAAAGUGUUUGUUUCCUUAAAUGUACUAGCAUUAAUUGUAGAUUAAAUUCAGGGGAUGAGAUAUGUCCCUUUUUGUCUUUAAGUUGCAGCAAGUGAUGCCAAACUCCACAAAUUCUCAGCUAGUGCUACUGCUCUUUAUCAACUGAGUGACAGACAGGGUUACUCAGAGGGUUGGUCACUUCUAAUCCUGGAUCAAUUUGGAUUUCUUGCUCUGCAAAGAUUCAGGAUUCAUGCCUGUAUUGUGUGUCUGACUCUUGUAUGUCACUACGGUUUUUAUUUUAACACAGUGGAGGUGAGGUAGCUCAGUCUUGUGGUAAAUAACCUUUGGCCCUCUUUUAAAGAACCUGGUGCUAAACGUAUGUUGUAAAUUUUCUGUUUUUAUACUGUCCAUUACAGGUAACAGGUGCUUGUAAUUGGAACAAUAAAGAGAUUUUGGAUUAACUUA